AGUUUCCCAAACACCAUGCUGAGUUUUUUUCUUUCAGAAGAGCACUACCUUACUGAAUUUUCAUCUCACUACUGGGAACACUUGUGUUCCCAUCAAAAUAAAUAUCUGAUUUUGAAAUACAAUGUGAAUUGGUUACAAAAUGUGGUAAGCAGCAAUGAUAGAGAUAAGGAGGAAGAGGAAAUUGCAAAAAUAGGUUUUGACCCACCACAUCAAAGUGAUACACGAACUAUUUACAUAGCAAAUCGUUUCCCCCAGCAUGGCCAUUAUGUUCCUCAGAAAUUUGCAGAUAACAGAAUCAUAUCAUCUAAGUAUACAGUGUGGAAUUUUAUUCCAAAAAACUUAUUUGAGCAAUUCAGAAGAAUAGCCAAUUUUUAUUUUCUUAUUAUAUUUUUGGUUCAGCUUAUGAUAGAUACACCUACCAGUCCUAUUACAAGUGGAUUGCCAUUAUUCUUUGUCAUAACCGUAACAGCCAUAAAGCAGGGGUAUGAAGACUGGUUACGACAUAAAGCAGACAAUGAAGUAAAUGGAGCUCCAGUUUAUGUUGUUCGAAGUGGUGGCCUUGUAAAAACUAGAUCAAAAAACAUUAGGGUGGGUGAUAUUGUUAGAGUAGCCAAAGAUGAGACUUUCCCUGCUGAUCUUGUACUUCUGUCCUCGGAUAGAGUGGAUGGUUCAUGUCAUGUUACUACUGCUAGUUUGGAUGGAGAAACUAAUCUUAAGACUCACAUUGCAGUUCCAGAAACAGCAGUAUUACAGUCCGUUGCCAACCUGGACACGCUCGUAGCUGUUGUAGAAUGUCAGCAGCCAGAAGCAGAUCUAUACAGAUUUGUUGGAAGAAUAACUAUAAGUCAACAAAUUGAGGAAAUCGUACAACCUCUUGGGCCUGAAAGUCUCUUACUUCGAGGAGCAAGAUUAAAAAACACAAAAGAAAUUUUUGGUGUUGCUGUGUAUACAGGUAUGGAGACAAAGAUGGCAUUAAAUUACAAGAGUAAAUCUCAGAAACGAUCAGCAGUAGAAAAGUCUAUGAAUUCAUUUUUGAUUAUCUAUUUAAUGAUCCUCCUUUUUGAAGCAGUCCUCAGUACAAUCUUAAAAUAUGCAUGGCAAGCUGAAGAAAAAUGGGAUGAACCUUGGUAUAAUCAGAAAACCGAACAUGAAAGAAACAGCAGUAAGAUUCUGAGAUUUAUUUCAGAUUUUCUUGCUUUUCUGGUACUCUACAAUUUUAUCAUACCUAUUUCACUUUAUGUGACUGUUGAGAUGCAGAAAUUUCUUGGAUCUUUUUUCAUUGGCUGGGAUCUUGACCUCUAUCAUGAAGAAACAAACCAGAGAGCACAAGUAAAUACUUCAGAUCUCAAUGAGGAGUUGGGACAGGUGGAGUAUGUAUUUACAGAUAAAACUGGUACAUUAACUGAAAAUGAAAUGCAGUUUCGGGAAUGCUCCAUUAAUGGCAUCAAAUACCAAGAAAUCAAUGGCAAGCUAAUUCCAGAGGGUUUGUCUGAGGAUUUCCCAGAUGGAUUUAGACAGAGUCUUAUGAAAGAAGAAGAGCUCUUCUUGAAAGCAGUCUGUCUCUGUCACACAGUACAGAUCAGUGCAGAUCAAACUGAUGGUAUUGGUGACGGGCACUGGCAUACUAAUGGAAUAGUGUCUAAGCUGGAGUAUUACGCUUCCUCACCAGAUGAAAAGGCAUUAGUUGAAGCUGCUAGCAGAGUUGGUGUUGUAUUUACUGGAACUACUGGGGAAGGUAUGGAAGUGAAAAGUCUUGGAAAGCCAGAAAGGUAUAAAUUACUUCAUAUUUUGGAAUUUGAUCCAAAUCGUAGACGAAUGAGUGUCAUUGUAGAGAGUCCUUCAGGAGAAAAGCUCUUAUUCACAAAAGGAGCAGAAUCAUCCAUUCUUCCUCACAGUAGAGGUGGUGAAAUAGACAAAACAAGGAUUCACGUAGAUGAAUUUGCAUUGAAAGGAUUAAGAACUUUAUGUGUAGCCUAUAGAAGAUUCACAGCUGAAGAGUAUCAGGAAAUAGACAGACGGCUUCAUGAGGCUAGAACUGCCUUACAGCAGCGAGAAGAACGACUUGCAGAUGUAUUUAACUUCAUAGAAAAGGAUCUGGAAUUACUUGGGGCCACAGGAGUAGAGGACAGACUUCAAGAUAAAGUCCAAGAAACAAUAGAGGCACUCAGGUUGGCUGGUAUCAAAGUAUGGGUGCUUACUGGAGAUAAGCAUGAAACAGCUGUUAGCGUGAGUUUAUCAUGUGGACACUUCCAUAGAACCAUGAACAUCCUCGAACUUGUACAACACAAGUCAGACAGUACGUGUGCAGAGCAGCUGAGGCAGCUAGCCAGGAGAAUAAAGGAUGAUCAUGUAAUUCAGCAUGGGCUGGUUGUGGAUGGGACCAGCCUCUCUCUUGCACUCAGGGAACAUGAAAAACUGUUCAUGGACGUUUGUAAAAAAUGUUCUGCAGUGCUGUGUUGCCGCAUGGCACCACUGCAAAAAGCAAAGGUAGUACGGCUGUUAAAAACAUCUCCAGAGAAACCUAUUACGUUAGCCAUUGGUGAUGGGGCUAAUGAUGUAAGCAUGAUACAAGAAGCACACGUUGGCAUAGGAAUCAUGGGGAAAGAAGGAAGGCAAGCUGUAAGAAACAGUGACUAUGCAAUAGCAAGGUUUAAAUUCCUUUCCAAGUUGCUUUUUGUCCAUGGCCACUUUUACUAUAUUAGGAUAGCAACCCUUGUACAGUACUUUUUUUAUAAGAAUGUUUGCUUUAUUACACCACAAUUUUUAUAUCAGUUCUUCUGUUUGUUUUCACAACAAACUCUCUAUGACAGUGUAUACCUGACUUUAUACAACAUUUGUUUCACUUCUUUGCCAGUUCUCAUGUACAGUCUUUUUGAACAACAUGUUCAUCCUCAUGUGUUACAGAGCAAACCAACACUCUAUAGAGACAUUAGUAAAAAUGCUCUCUUGGGCUUUAAACCAUUUCUUUACUGGACCAUUUUGGGAUUCUUUCAUGCAGUUGUGUUUUUUUAUGGCUCAUAUCUUCUGAUGGGAGAAGACACUUCUCUUCUGGGAAAUGGUCAGAUGUUUGGAAACUGGACUUUCGGUACUUUGGUCUUCACUGUUAUGGUGAUAACUGUUACAGUGAAGAUGGCUUUAGAGACUCAUUUCUGGACUUGGAUAAAUCAUUUUGUUACCUGGGGCUCCAUUGUAUUUUAUUUCAUAUUUUCCUUGUUUUAUGGGGGAAUUAUCUGGCCAUUUUUGCACACUCAGGACAUGUACUUUGUAUUUGUUCAGUUGCUGUCAAGUGGUUCAGCUUGGUUUGCCAUAAUCAUCAUAGUUGUCACUUGUUUGUUUCUUGAUGUUGUGAAGAAAGUGCUGUGCAGACAUCUACAACCAACGAGUACGGAAAAAGCUCAGAUGGAAGAGGAUAAGGGUUCAGUCAGCUCAGCAUAUGACUUUGCUGAAAGCAGGCACAGAGGGGAGGACAAUAGGCAACUGCUAGCUGAACCAUCUAGCCAGCAGGACUGUUCUUGCAUUCACUAGCUUACUGAGGCAGGUUCAGGUAUCAACUGCUUGGACUCCAUGUGCUGCUUCUCAGAUGGGGAAACAGCAUGCACAUCUGUUAGAAGAAUGUUGGAACGACUAAUGGGAAGAUGUAGUCCAACCCGGGUCAACAGGUGUGGAAUUUCUCUCAAUAGCCUUUGCUGCAGACGAUUCUCCUAUAAACUGGAACCUGAUGAGCCUGCAGCUAUAGAUGUCUAGCAAGCCAGUUGAAGGUUUUGCUUAAGUAAACAGGAAAAUGCUGUUCUUUAUAGUACUUUUUGAUCCUAAAAAGUACGUUUCUUGCUUACUGGGAGUGCUUUUGUUAGAAAAAGGAAGAAAACGGUUUUUCAGGAAACAGAACUCUCUUCAAACUUUGUUUGGUCUUUCUAGUAUGAGAUCCUGUGUUGUAUAUAUGCUAUAUUCUUUUGGUUUAUACAUCCCUCUCUUUAGAAAAACAAACCUCACUGUGCUGUUUGUUUUCAUGAUCCAGCCUUUGCCUUCACAAAUCAAGCAUAAUUUGUAAAGUCAAAAGGCUUUUCCUUUGAUACCUAAUGUAUGUCUUCCGAAUAGUCAUGAAUGAGCUUGUUACUUCUAAAGAUAUACAAAAGGAUCAUAUUCCCCCCCAGACUAUAAUUUCAUCAUUAAAAUGGAAGUCCUAGACUUUUCAUCUAUUGGUGGUUACUAAAAUUAAAUAUUUUUCUAAUAUAACUUUUUAUACUCUAUUUCUAGAAACCAGUUAAUUUACUAAACAAAGUCUUCAAGUUGACUUAGUUUUAAAGGGUUUUCUGUUUGUAUGACAGCAAAAUCACGAGUGCCAUUCAUAAAUGUGUGCUAAAUAUUUUCUUGAAUUACAUAUACUAAAAUUCAUAUUGGUGUAAGAAGAACAUAAGAAUAAUCAGAAAUAUAUUUGUAACAAGAGAUGCUGACUUAGCUUACAACAAAUAUAGCUGAGAGAUAUUUAGAAAGUGAUUGAGGUCUACUGAAGUAAACACUUCCACAUCUCCCCAUUUCAGAAAUCUCAGACAUAACAAAUAUUGAAGUAUUUGGGGGUAAAAAUAAAAAAAACCUUUUGUACAUCCUAUUCUGUCCUUUACUGAAUGAUAUCAUAGCCCUCCAUUAUUCAAAAGCCAAACCUGGAAAAAAUUGCACUUCUCACAUUUACAUAAAGUUUACUUUAAUAUGUGAACAACUGUCUUGUUUUAAGUCCAAGGAUAUGAUAUCAUUCAUACAAAAUAAAAUCUUGUAUGGGUAAUUUAUACUGACAUGCCUUGUCAGUUUUGAUUUUACCUUUAAGUGUUGACUUCGUAUGUGGUACGUUUCAGUUUUAAAAUUCUUGUGUUAACACAGUGUCUGUGAUUCAGUAAUCUUCUUUAUUCUGUCUUGCUUAUGAAAUUUUGUUAAUUAUUUCCAUAAAUCUAGGGUAUAAUUAUGCAAAAAUAUCCUAUUCUGUAUAAAAAGAAACUGUUUAUGAUAAAGUACAUUUUUAAAUCAAAACUCUUGCUGUAUAGAAAGCAAGCAUGAUGUAUAAAAUAAACAGUUGAAUAGAAUUUUUAAACUACAAAAUGAGCAUUUAAUUGAUCUAAAACCAACAUUUCUGUAGUGGUUGCUUUAGAUAUAUUUUCACUUUUUGCUAUCUUCUGUAACAAAUGAAAACUAUGUGGUGCAAAUUAGCAACUUUUAUUUUCUACACUGCUUUCUUCUUUUUACUGUCCCCUAAUAAGUGAUACUGCUUUUAGCCAAGAAAUUGGUUAUUGUGCAUGGUCUCAUAAAGGUAGCUAUAGUUAUGUCCUUUAUUCUGCUAGGCAUCUGGAUUUUUUUACAGUUUUUUUUUCCCCCUCCUUCAGUAGGAUCUUUUCAUGAUUAAAAAAUAAACUAUCACAUUUGACAGAAUAUAAAACACUUUUUCAGUAUUGUACUAUUUCUCAGGUUACUUGUCUGUUACCUCUUAUCUUUUUUUCUUAACGAGUGUACCAUCUAAAUCAGGGGUGGGGAACCUUUUUUGGGUUGAGGGCUGCUGACCAACAGAAAAAAAAUAAAUUGCGGGCCACACAAAAACAAAAAAAAACCAAAACAAGCAAACAAAAAAACCAAAUCCUCACUGACAUGGCCCCUGAUUGAGGAGGAGACAGAUACUCCCCACAUUGCACUCUCACACCAGAGCCUAGUGGGGCCUAGGCUAGUAGGUUUUGUGUGCUCCAGCUCCACAGGCUCUCCAAUGUUGGGAAGGGAGCCCUGAGCCUCACAUCCAACCCCCAAGCCUUAGCUUUCCCACCCCUGAUCUAAAUGAAUAAUUUUAAAACCUAAAAAAGUUGUUUAAAGUAUUAGAAUUAACAUUGCUUCAACAAAUUAAUAUGAAAAACUAUCUAGGUGCUAGUCAAAGGGCUUUAGAAGUUCCAUUGUUGCUGUUGCAGUUCCAAUUUUUAUAUUGAAAUGGCUCUUCACAACCCUUUCAGUUUCGCUUCAUGAAACUAAAUAAAUCAAGCAGAUUCUUUUUUAGUUAUUACACUUUUGCUUUUUCAGUGACUCCAGCUCCUUCCCUUCAGCAUUUCUAUUUAAAAUCCAGUCUAAAAGUGGUAGGAGGAUAUAUUUACAUUUGUCCCCUCACUUCCCUUGCAAUAUGUGAAAGUCACUGAAUAUUUUUGUUGAACAUACUAAUUAUGUAAGUCACAUAAAACAGUUACCAGCUGUGAAAUACUAAAGGUACAAUUAAGUACUUUUAAUCCCAAAAUAUUUUACUUCUCAGUGUUAGCCUAGAUAAGGCUUGGGAACAUAUGCAAUUUAGGUUUUACUAAAUAGCUAUGCUCUUUUAGAAGAUGCAUGCAAUCUCAUAUGUAACAGACUAUUGUGUAAUGGUACUGGUAGCGUUAAACAACUGUCCUAUUCCAUCUGAGAGGUAGCUGCAUAUCGUAGAUGAAUGAAGUGAUACCUGUAUAAAUGUAGUUUGUAAAAGUGCUUUGUAAUCCUUCGUAAUGAAAAGCGCUUUCCAAUUCUGUGUGUUAUAGUUAGCUUGUAUUUAUACACAAUCUGUGCACCUAAUAUUCUGUCAAAUAUGGUAAUGGGAUAUAAAAUUAACUAUCAUAUCAAAUUUUGGAUGGGAGCCAUUUCUUUUGAUCUCAAAGUGUACAAAUGCUUGGAGUAAAGGGCAACUGACUUAUAGUACUGCAGUUUUACUGUUUUUAAUAUAUAAUCAGAAUAAAUUUUUCAAUGUUUAGUUCGUUUAAAAUUGAUAUAUUGCAUGUUUCUUGCAAAUUGGUAAAAUGCAUUUGUCUGUCUCUGUCUUCCAUUACACUGUCUGUCUGCUUAUCAGCCAAUAGAAUAUUAAAAAUUCUGGAUCAUACAUUAGUUCUUAUUGUAGAACCUAUUACUGAAUGAUCUGGACCAGUCAUUAGCCAGUACGCUUGUCAAGGUACAUGUGUCUAGUAUUUCUGGAGAAACAGCAGAUUUCUGACAGAGGUGGGUUUUGGAGCAUAAAUUGUUUCUGCUUCUAGUUUAACAUGUUGACUUUAGCAAUCCUGCCAAAGCAGUGGUGUGUGUGUACAGGAUUUAUUUAUCUAGGGAAAUAACUUACUCUUGGGUGGGGGGAAAGCCAUUGUUAGAUUAUAUCGACUCAAAAGCAAAGAUAGUUUGGCUAUUUUUUUCCUUGACAUACAUUUUUGUUUAAAGCUAGCACAGCCAAUAGUAAAAUAUAUUUUAAUAGCUAUAGUUAAACUAUUGGGUGGAACUGUGAGUUAAGUAGCUCAUAGGAUCAGUAAUAAAACACAUAAGUAUUAGCAUACUGUAAUUAGCUAUUUGUGUAUUGAGAUUAUUAUUAAAAUGACCUUACUAUGCCAAGUAUAAACUGUAGUAUUCAUGAUGCCUGAAUUUACAUAUAUAAUAUUGUAGUUGCCUCAAGGCAUAAAUAUUCAAAUCUUAGUUACAUCAAGAAGCCUAUAUAAUUUAAAUUUGUAACAGAUUAAAUAUCUUUUUAGUCAUGUUAAGUUAGGGCCUUGUCAACUUUGUGGUUUAUUUUGGUCAAUGUUAUGGUCAUAAAACUUUAAAAAUAAUAAAUUCCAUUAUUUCAGGUAUUUAAAUCUGAAACUUCAUGAUGUAAUUGUAAAGGUCCUAGCCCAAAAAGGAGCUAUGGGUGACAGUAGUGCUACUCCUACUUCUGUGCUGCUGCUGCUGGCAGUGGUACUGCCUUCAGAGUUGAGCAGCUCCCACUUGGCCAGAAGUCCAAAUCUGAAGGCUGAUCCACCAUCAGCAGCAACACAGAGCUAGGCAUGGCAUGCUGUGGUAACGCAAGGUAGUGCCUUCAGAGCUGGGCACUCAGCCAGUCGCUGCUGGUCAUGCAGAAGUAAGUGUGGCAAUGCUAUGACUCUUCCUCCCCUCCCCCCCCCAAAAAAAAUAACUGACACUUCUGCCCCACAACUCCCUGUUGGUUCCGAAUCCCCAAUUUGAGAAACACUGGUCUCAUGAAAUCUGUUUAGUAUAGGGUAGUAGCACACACAAGACCAGAUUUCACAGGAAGGAGACCAGCUUUCACAAUGCGUGGCAUAUUUUUCAUGGCUGUGAAUUUGUUAGGGCCCUAGUUAUAGUGAAUUUUAAAAAUAAAUAUUGUCUGUUCAUAAAAUUGUUGUUGCAGCAUAUUGUUGAGGGUUUGAAUGAAAUAUAGGUGUCAGGGUGGAAUUAACAGGCUACCAUUUUAAAGCGGUACAGUAAUUUGCUUUAUGCUUAGAUCUUUUUUCCUCUCUCCUAAAAUUAUAGGUUCCUAGUCAGCCAAAUUUUUCUUUUAUUGUUACUUUAGAUCAUGGAGCUCAUCGGAUCCCUUCCAUACCAACGACAGAAGCAUCUUGACUCUCUCCACAUUGGACUCACCCACUUGUUAACAAGGACAUUUGUUAAUGCCUUGUGGAAGCCAUAUAGUGCUUUCAUAUUGAUAAUAGGUUAUAAACGAGUGCAGUGCUGUAUUCUCUGUCCUAGCAAAUGUGCUAGCACAACAAAAACAUCUAAAUACAAGCCUUGUGGUCUAUCUUCUAGCAUAGCAAAAUGUACAUGUGAAGAAUAAUCCCUUUUCCAUGACAUUUUUUAAUCUUAGACCAAAUUGCUAAAUAUUUGAACACUUUUUCUCUGCCCAUUUCCUCUGUGUUGCCUACUAACAGGUUGGAAUCCUGAGUGUGACAUUUUAUUUGCUAUCUCCAGGUGAGGCAAUGACCAAAUUUUUCUGUUCCAAAGUAAGUGAUACCUGCUUAUUUUGUAAAUUAAGUUGGUACUUUUCUUGGAAAAAAAAUUAUUCUAAAUUGUACCUUAUUGUUAUGCUGACCUCUUAGUUUACAAAUAAAACUCUUGUUUCUUCCAUUGGCAAAUCACUUUAAAACAUUUUUGGGUGGUGGAUUAGCAGUUAGAUUGAAAUAUCAUCUACAUGUAUCUACUGGUUUACAAAUGGCAAUAUACUAGUAAAAUACAACUUAGCCUUUUCAAAGUGGUGUCAGAGUAACAUUGUGCACCUCUCCGUAUAAUAAGCAUCUCCUGUUUUUAACAGGUAAUAUUUAAGUGCCAGACAUUUUCCCCCAAAACCAUUAAAUCCUACAUGUCUUACUGGCUAUUAUUGAUCCUUAUGUGGAAGAAUAGGGAGAUUGUGCAGUUGCCUCACUAGCGUAGUGUUGAAAAAUUUUAACAUUGUUGGGAGGUUGUAUGUUUUAUAUUUUUAAUGUAUUUAUAUUUCUCCAUACUGUACCUUGAAGAUUUAAUUAAGCAUUAUCUUCAUAUAUCUGAAGAAUCUGACAGCAACGGCUUGAUAUACAAGUAUCUCAAUAAAGAGAAAUUGCACAGCUGCUACUUUAGACAGAAAUAUAAAUUUGCAGAUACAUUUUCUGCUAUAAAUGUGUCUAGUUCUUGGGGCUGGGUAGGAAUAUUUGCAAAUUCAUGUGUAUAUCAGACACCAAUGAGCUGGAAGAUUGGCUCUACUGGUAAUAGAGAGAUGCAAAGAAAGAUGUGGGGGAUCCAUCAGUAAGGAUACUUCUCAAUAGGAUGCUGCUAGUCAGCCUUUCAGACCCAAUUCCUGCAUGGGUGGAAAGUGCUGCACUCACAGGACACUGAUUGAUUGAAGAAGCUAUGUUUUAAAUCAGCCUCUGGCUAGUAAGUCCCAUAAACAACAUUUGUGCCCCCUAAAGAGGAGGAGGAGGAGAUGGUGGUAGUGGUAGUGGAAAGCUACACUGGCAAAGCUCAGACUUGUAAUUAUCUACCAGUGGUGGCAAUGGUAAAUGCUGUAGUGUAGGCAGUGGGCACAAAUUUUCUUACCAAUGUCUUCUCAUCUAACAAAAUGGUUUAAAGGCCUGCACCGCCUACACUAUAGCUUUCAUUAUUGCUAUCACAUGUUGUGCUUCACUAGCAGUGAAUUGCAUGACAUUUUUUCACAGUGUAAACAAAGCUUUAGAAGUCUUCUACACUAUGGCGCAUGGGCUGCUGCAAGAAUGAUUGGUCUCCAUUAUUUUACUCCUGCCAAGCUUUCUUGGAUUCUGUGAACUGAAGAAGAAACAACAUUAGGAUGUCUCCACUGCUGUUCCCCGAUGCUUAGGUCAUCCCCAUUUCUGACAACUCCAGUGCCUACCACCUUUGCUGAUGUUCAUGGCUGUCCAAGCAAUACAUUACUUUAGUUCACCUCUUGAAUCUUCAUUUUUGCAACAAUAAGGACUAGAAACUUACCUUUUAAAAAUGAAAGUUUGUCUUCAGCCGCUGUUGAAUUUAUCACUUUCAAUUGUACAAAAAGUCUCAGUUAAAUACUAAUGCAGAUUUUCUUUGUGGUUUCUGACCCCCUGUUCUACCUCCAAAGCCAAAGUUAUCUGUGAAAUAAUCUUAGGCCACAUUUUCUAAACAAAUUCUCAUCAGCUAUCUGCUGUUCGUAACUUCACUUCUUGAACAUAGCUGUGUCUGUCAAUGUCGUUCAUUCCUUAGCCAUCCUCCCAAUGGUUUUCAGUGUUGCAAUGUUUUGAAACUUAAAUUAUGGUAAAUGGUUUAUUUUUUAAAAAAAGGGAAAAUGCUUCAAAAAUAACCCUGCUCCAAGCAUUUAUAACAAUUCCAUUUCCCACAUGUAUAAUAUUUUGACUUUCGUGGUAUGGAACAAAAAAUUGUAUAUACAUUUGUGCCAACCACCAUUUUUGUAUUGAAAGAGUAAUUUUACCUCCAUUAUGUUCUUUUUUUAAAACCUUCCACGUCUUCCUGCUUCCCUCCCUUACCAGUGUAUCUAAGGUUACUGAAGAAAUAUAUAUUUAAACAAAUCAGGAAGAGUUUAGGAAUUUAUUGGUAUACCCUGGUACAUUUCUCUAUUUGGAGAAAAACUUUCAGUAAUGUUUAUUUCUCAUUAAUAGGAAUGUAAAGUUGAUUUACACAGAUUACAGAAUUUUUAUCUAAUGAAUGCUUAGGAUGGAAAAGAACAAUAUUUUGAAAUGUACCGCACAUAAUGUAGAAUUGAUUUUACUCAAGGUUGUUUUUUGUAUAUAUCUUCAACUAUUGCAGUAUAUGUAUGCCGGUUCUGGAUUUGAAACUUUACCCAAAGCAAAGGAAACCAAGUACAUCAUCUUCAGUUAUCCAACAGUAACUGUUGGCCUUUCUGCUAUGAGAACAUGAAGGAAAAGAAUGUACAUUAUAGAGGAGUGUUAUAGAAUUACCUUUACUCUUGAAAUUCACAAAAUUAAGUGACAUGCAAAGGAUUCCUUAUGGAUUUUCCUUUUGUUGCAAUAAGGCUGUUCUGUACAUUCUGAGUUCAUUAUAACACUCACAAUCUUAUUUUAUUGUGCAGUACAUUUUGCUAACAUGGAUGAAAGAGCAUUUUGUCCAUAGCCACUUUUGGAUCUAGACAUAAUUCUCAGGGGAUAUUAAUGCCUGCUGUGGGGAACAGUUUUCAAGAACAUAAAUUGUUUCACAUAACCGAGUGUCAAAAGGAUACCAGAUGGGCACUGGGAAUUGGAAUCACAUUAAAGUAUGUUUAUAUUAACUUCAAGCUAAAAUAUAAAUUACUCAAAAUAUUCCAUUUAAAUAUAAUAGAGGGAGACCACAAAAGUAAAGAAGGAAUGUUGAAAAUUUUAUAAUUUCAAAAUUAUCUCUUGUUUGCUGGUGAAAACAGUUAUUUAAAACAGAUCACACACUUUACAAUACAUACUACCCAACUGUCCCUCUUUACUAGAAAUAAUUAGUUAAUAGUUUCAAAUCCUUAUGUUUACAGUAAGAUAAAACUGUUGUGUGUGAAAAGUCUCAUUUCUAGUUCUAGAAAUCUCACAUCAUAAGGCUGUUGAUUAACAAGGAUAGUCUAUAGUAUUUUUCAUUGACAAACUCUUAAAAUUGGUCUUUAUAUACUCCAGUUAUAUUUGUGAAGGGCAGUAUUCAGAAGUACUUAUCAUGUAUGCUACCAAUAUCAUUAGUUCAAGACAAUAAUCUAUCUGGCUAUAUUGAUUUCUCAUUUUACAAUAUACAAUAGUAAUGUAGCUAUUUAACAGAAGUUAACCCAUAGUAACUGUAAUUGUUACUGCAUUAUCAUAUGAUCAUGAUGGUGUCUAAUAGAUUUACAUUGAGAGCUGGGUGAACCAUGCAAAAAUUUGAUAAUGUUAGCCCUUUUUAUGUUCACAAGUUAUGGGCAGACUCUUUUUUACAGAUUAGUGUGAUUUGCAAAAAUUUCAAGUUAUGCUGGUUUUCAAAUUCCUUGCUUCUACUAUUUUUCCUAAGUGCACAAUUUAUCCCCUCAGUCUCGUAUCUGAUUUCUUCUCCCUGUUUUGAAUUAUUUAACUAUAUGACCAGUGGAAGAGAAAUUGGAUAUUUAGUAUACUUAUGUGAAAACUUCUGCCAUGGAUCACAUUGUAAACACAUUCUCAAAAGUACAUGCAAAUUGCAAAUUUCAUUUUCCACAGGAACACUCCUAUAGCUAAAUAUCAUUCAGAUUGCAAAAUCAGUCAAAUACACCUAUGGUUCUCACUAGAAUGUUGAGUUUCUUAAAACAAUCACUUAGCUCUAGCUAUUACCCUAGUAUAAUGCAAGUAGUUUUGCAGUAAAUUAAACAAUUGCCAUUACCGUAGAUUUCACUCUGUGUUUCCAGUAUGUAUAAAUGCAUGGAACUUGAAUAAAGUCUGACAGACAUGGAGCAAAAAGGCAUCUGAUUAUAUAAGAGCACCCUAAAAAUAUUGCUGAUUACAACACAGUGUGCAAUGUUUAAAAGACUUAUUUAAAUGUGUCCAAACAUGAUCUAAUGUAAUAGCAAUUAUCAUUCUGUAUAGUCAACAUUUUUAGAGGAAAAUUGUUUAAUAUGUCAAAGGAUCCUGGUUGAUUGUAUUUUUCUUAUCUUGGCAGUGAAAUUAAUCAUAAUACAUUGUAUCUAUAUAUUUAAGAAAUGGGCAGAUUAUUUUUAAAAACAAGACUGUUUCAGGUAUAAACAAAUGUUAUUUCUAUACUUCAGAGUAUAUUUUUUAAAAAAUUGCUUAACUAUGGUCCCAUUAAAUGUUUCAAUUCUAAUGUGCAUGUAGAAACAGUGAAUCACAACAAUCUCUUCUCUCCCUUCCCCCCCCCCCCCCCC